GCUUAUAUGAGUGCAGCCUUCCAACCCCCCCUCAUGAUGAUGCAGCGUCCCCUGGGAAGCAGCACUGCUUUCAGUAUAGACUCACUGAUAGGUAACCCACCUCAGCCCAGCCCUGGGCACUUUGUGUACACAGGUUACCCCAUGUUCAUGCCAUACAGGCCUGUGGUGUUGCCCCCUCCACCACCACCCCCGUCUCUCUCCCAGCCAAAUCUUCCAUCAUCUCACCCCCACCACCAGAUCCCCAGCCUACCCAGUGGUUUCUGCUCCAGUCUAGCACAGGGCAUGGCUCUCACGUCCACCCUCAUGGCUACCUUGCCAGGCAGUUUCUCAGCCUCUCCCCAGCAACAGGAGGCGGCCAGAAAGUUUGGAGCCCAGAGUCUCCAAGGGGGAUUUGAGAAGAAUGAAGGGGGGCAGUCAGAUGGAGAGGAUGGCAGCAAGACCUAUCUGGGCAAGGAUGGUCCCUUGCUGCCCUUUGCAGCAUCAGAAGCCUCUCUAGGUAGUACAGUGGGAGCUGCCCGAGUGCAGAGUAAAGAUGACUCUGGGAAAGAUGAUGACUGCAAGGGGAAGGAUGACUCCUACCUGAUGGAUAGUGACUUGGACUACAGCUCAGAUGAUAACAUCUCCUGCCAGACCAGCCACAAAGAGGAGGACACCCCGGCGGGGCUCGAGGACAGCUCGCAGGGGGCAAACAGCACCAAUAACCCCACCUCAACUGGGAAGAACCGGAGGCGCCGGACUGCCUUCACAAGCGAGCAGCUCCUAGAGUUGGAGAAGGAGUUCCACUGCAAGAAGUACCUGUCCCUCACUGAGAGGUCUCAAAUCGCCCACGCCCUCAAACUCAGCGAGGUCCAGGUCAAGAUCUGGUUCCAGAACCGCAGGGCCAAGUGGAAGAGGGUCAAAGCUGGCAACGCAAACUCCAAAACCGGGGAGCCCUCCAGAAACCCCAAAAUCGUGGUACCCAUACCAGUCCAUGUCAGUAGGUUCGCAAUCAGAAGCCAACACCAGCAGCUGGAGCAGGCCAGACCCUGAGCGGGCCAUGGGCAGCACCCUUAACCCGGGAUAAAGUCCAGAGACACAAGGACAGGUGAGGUACAGUGGUAUAUUUACUACUGGCCAAAUACAGGAGGUAUGAGUCAUAGACUGCUCGAGUUCCUCCAUUUAUUUUCUGUAUGGAGAGAACCCGCUGCCUGUGUAUGGACGUGGUGACUGUCUGGGACAGGUCACUUCAAGUCACCAAAUAAUGACAAUGCCAAGUCACCAUGACUAGCACAAGUGAACUGUGCAGUAAGAGAGGGCAA